AAGAACUGGAAAGUCAUAACAAAAAAGGAAAGAGAUUCAUCCAUGAUCAGCAGGCUUUGUGUGGGUGUACUAAUGGUGUGUGGAACCUCCCCCCCCAAAAGCACAUAAUUUCCCCCACUUGAACUUACUUUCUCUCUCGAUCACUACUUUCCAUUUCACUUCACCAUUCACAACACAGUACUCCUUGACACAACUUUAGUUAGGUUCACUGGGAAAAGCUGCUGAGCCAGAAGAGUUACAUUCAAUCAGGGUGGAAUAGAAGGAAAGAAUAUCCCACAAGCAGCAAUGGUGAAGGAAACUGAGUACUAUGAUGUUCUUGGUUUGGACCCUUCCACCUCGUACGAUGACAUUCGAAAGGCUUACUAUCUCAAGGCCAGGCAGGUCCAUCCGGAUAAGAAUCCCAACGAUCCCCUUGCUGCACAGAGAUUUCAGAUACUGGGUGAAGCAUAUCAAGUUCUGAGUGAUCCUACUCAGAGGGAUGCAUAUGAUAGAAAUGGGAAGCACUCUAUACCAAAGGAACUCAUGCUGGAUCCCACAGCAGUGUUUGCUCUACUGUUUGGAAGUGAACUGUUUGAGGACUACAUUGGUCACCUGUCUGUGGCAUCAAUGGUUUCUUCUGAAUUGGCUGCUGAAACUGAGAACCCUGAUAAACUCCAUGAAAAUUUGAAGGGUGUCCAGAAGGAAAGAGAGGAAAAGCUGGCUAGAUUUCUCAGGGACUUUCUAGAUCAAUAUGUUAGAGGAGACAAAGCUGGGUUCAUUAGACGUGCUGAAUCUGAAGCUAAGCGCCUUUCUGAUUCAGAUUUUGGUGCCAAUAUCUUGCAUACAAUUGGGUACAUAUACUCAAGGCAAGCAGCACAAGAGCUCGGGAAGAAAGCCCUCUACCUUGGAGUCCCAUUCAUGGCAGAAUGGGCAAGGAACAAAGGCCAUUUCUGGAAGUCACAGGUCACAGCAGCAAAAGGUGCAUUUCAGCUAAUCCAACUUCAAGACUACCUCCGCAAACAGAACAAAUCCAAUGGGACUGCAGUAGAAAAUGGUGUGGUAUCACAUCCGAGAUUGGCCAGAGAAAUUCUGAUGAGCUCCAUGUGGAAACUGAACGUAGUAGACAUUGAGGUCACCCUCAUCCAUGUCUGCCAGAUGGUUUUGAAGGAGAACAAUGUGAGGAGAGAAGAACUCAAAACUCGAGCCUCGGCUCUAAGAACCCUUGGCAAGGUUUUUCAGGAUGGAAAACAAGCGAGAGUUGAUGGAGUCUCGAGGGGGAAAAGCAGUAAUGAAACUGGAGAUGAUGAAGAAAGCAGUUCUGAUAGCAGCGGUGACGAAGACGAGGGCCCCAGAUCACUAUCAUACAAAACUCCUCUUCUCACUCAGGGAAUUGGCAGGAUGUUCAGAUGCCUGUGUAAUCCAGCUUUUGACGUGCAUGAUGAUGACGAGAUUGUCUACAGAAGCAGAUGCUGACAUUACACAUUUACAGUGAGCUGUGUACAUGAUGAUGAAACUCUUCAAAUUCUUAUUCUCCCAGUUACCCCACAAAGUUCUGUUAUUAAACUACAUAAAGUUGCUCUCUUUUUGUUUUCUUGGACCACUUUCAUCAACUUCUGUAAUUGAAACCAGAGUCUAGAAAUACAAAACUGCAAGUCGUUGUUCAUUUUAUCCAUUAGCAACCCAGCUGGCUGAUCAGGUGCUGAAAGAUACACUACUCCAAGUGCUCUGGUUGAGUGUGCUUCACGACCGACAUCUUUGCAGUAGUAUGCCAUCAAAUAAGUAGAUCAUUUUAUA